AUGGGCAAACUCAAGCAGCCCAAGCGCAACGGCGCGCCGUCUAGCCCCUACGACCGACCAUCCGGUGGCUCAAGUCAUUCCAGCGCAACCUCCAGCAAGAACAAUGUCUUCAAGUUCAACACCAAUUUCGGCCAGCACAUUCUCAAAAACCCAGGUGUAUCCGACGCCAUUGUCGAAAAGGCAUAUCUGAAGCCCACGGAUACCGUCUUGGAAAUCGGCCCCGGGACCGGUAACUUGACGGUGCGCAUCUUGGAGCGUGCCAAAAAAUGCAUCUGCGUCGAGUUGGAUCCUCGCAUGGCCGCAGAAGUGACGAAGCGUGUGCAGGGGACGCCAGAGCAGAGAAAACUAGAGGUCAUACUUGGCGAUGUGAUCAAGACGGAGCUGCCGCAGUUCGAUGUCUGCAUCUCCAACACGCCAUAUCAGAUCUCAAGUCCCCUCGUCUUCAAACUUCUCGCCAUGCCCAACCCCCCACGCACGUCUGUCCUCAUGUUUCAGCGCGAAUUUGCCCUCCGACUAACCGCCCGCCCCGGCGACCCUUUGUACUCGCGCAUCUCUGUCAACGCGCAGUUCUGGGCCAAGAUCACGCACAUCAUGAAGGUCGGCAAGAACAACUUCCGCCCCCCGCCGCAAGUCGAAUCCUCCGUGGUACGGAUUGAGCCAAAACUGGGCAAGGACAGACCCAACGUAAGCUGGGACGAAUGGGACGGAUUACUACGCGUAUGCUUUGUCAGGAAGAAUAGAACCCUGCGGGCAAGUUGGCUGGGCACAAGGGAGGUCUUGACCAUGGUCGAGAAGAAUUAUCGGACGUGGUGUGCGAUGAGUGGUGUGGCAGUGGAUGAGAGCCUAGUGGAAGGUGACGACGUCGAGGAGGAAAUGGACGUGGAUGCUGGGGCGGGCUUGGGUGUCGAGGAAGGUCAUGGCAUGGAUGUGGACGAUGAAGAUGCGCCAGAGUUUUUCAGGCAGAUGAACAGUUCCGCCGGCAACGCGCCCAAGACCAAGAGCAAACGGAAGAAGACAAAAGUUGCGGAGUUGGUUCGAGAAAAGAUACGCAAGGUGCUGGAGGACGUUACCGAGUUGGCUGACAAACGGGCUGGCAAGUGCGAUGAGAAUGACUUUUUGCGGUUGCUGUUUGCAUUCAACGAGGAAGGAAUUCACUUUUCAUGA